AUGACAUACGGCAACUUUGUGGCCAUUAUGGUCCAGUUUUUAUGCAUAUGUGGGACUCAUUGUUGCCUCCGUGCCAGCAUGCGUCUGCUCUUAACACAAUGCUUUUGUGUAUUCUGGUACUUUGCUUCAAUUUCUCGUCCAUGCAGGUAUGAAAAAAAAUAAAAAAGCUCCACGUACGCACGACUGGCUGUACAUUCCUCCCUGUAGGAUAAACGUGGACUAGUGGCUGCGUAUUGGGCCGAUUGAUUGGACCUCUAACGUCGAAAAAACAGCAGCACACUGAGAAAUGUAUUGACCAAAACCAGACAUGGGCUAAUGUAAAUCAAAAGUGGCAUCGAUCCGACUGUAGUCGCCCCGAAAAGAAGACAAGGAGGAGGGGUGAACAAAAGCAGAAAUGCCCAGACUGGCGUGGCAUGGCAUUUCGACUAGACAGUGUGUGUGUGUGUGUGUGUGUUUGUGAGUGUGUGUGUGUUUCUGAGUGAAAUGUGAUAUCACUCUAAUGAAACACAAGACCAGGCCUGAUGAAAACACACGAGCCACAUCUUUUUUUAUCCCUUGCAUGCAGGGUGGCAGUGAAGUAGGCUUGUGUUGAGUCUUUGUCUGAAGAGUGACAACCCAGACUGUUGUUCUCCCCUCUGACCAGGGGAUGGUGCUUUACUAUGUACAGUAUGUUUCUAUGGGGAGACACCCAAACACACUGUGACUGUAAGCACACACCUAUACAGGAACCAUUCACACACACAGGGAUGCAUGUACACACAGGUUCUUUCCACUGAUGUCCUGCGUGUGUGCGUACGUGUGUGUGUGUGUGUGUGUCAGGCUGAGCUGUGAUUGUGAAACACCAUUACUGACGAAAUAACCGUCACAAUAACGAAAAGGAAAGGAGUCAGUGUUUGUUCUCUGAAGAGGUCAUAGAUGUGUGGUUUGAUCCCGUCCUGUGCCAGUCCAACCAUGCUGGAUGGACUACGGCGGAGGCACGCCUCCCGGCCCUCCCCCAGACCCCUGUCACUCAACUUCAGCACCUUCUCUGCCCCUCCCCCGAGCCCGGACAUGGACAGCAGCAGCGAGCAUCCAAUCAGGAGGACUCUGCACCGGCUGAAGUUGAUGAGCUCUCCCAGCCUCAGCGAGCUGGGGAAGAGCGAGAAAAGUUCACCGGAGGACAGAGGGGAGAAGCAGAAGAGGGCAGGAGCCAACGCCACCUGGAACAGCAUCCACAAUGCCGUCAUAGCAGUCUUCCAGAAGAAGGGCUUGGCCGAUAACGAACUCUACGUCCUUAAUGAAGGUGUCCGGCAUCUGUUGAAGACUGAGCUGGGAUCAUUUUUCACAGAAUACCUUCAGAACCAGUUGCUGACAAAAGGCAUGGUCAUCCUACGGGACAAGAUAAGGUUCUACGAAGGUCAGAAGUUGCUGGACUCUCUGGCAGAGACCUGGGACUUCUUCUUCUGUGACGUUCUCUCGAUGCUGCAGGCCAUCUUUCACCCGGUUCAGGGUAAGGAGCCUUCUGUCCGACAGCUCGCCCUGCUGCACUUCAGGAACACUAUAGUCCUGAGCGUCAAGUUAGAGGACGCCCUGUCUCGACCGCGGGCCCGUGUGCCCCCCUCUGUUACACAGAUGCUGCUUAUUCUACAGGGGGUCCAUGAGUCACGUGGCGUGAAUGAUGACUACCUUCGGCUGGAGUCUCUGGUUCAGAAGGUGGUCUCGCCCUACCUGGGCACCCACGGGCUUUACUCUGGAGACGACACCGAGGCCCAGUGCUGUGUUUUUGAUAAGCGUUUACCUUGGGGCUGGCCCAAGCCUGGAGAUCAACCGUCUAAAAACCCUGUGGUACGAUCUAAAAGCUACAACAUUCCUCUGCUGCUCACCCCAGUGGCCGAGUACGAUCCCGAUGCCAGCUCCGUUGGCAGCGGAGGAAUCCGGCGGCACUCAGCCUGUGAGAUCAUAUCAUGCCUGGAGGACCAAGGACUCGCCUACGCUGACCUGGCCCCGGGAUCUGAACUGUCUGGCUCUGCCUCCAACAGGCUGUGUGUGGGCUCUCAGUUCAAUGGCAUCAUACAAGCCGGAGCCGGCGCUCUUUCGUCUCCCGCCAUCCUUCCACUUCAUUCCUCAGGAGCUCUCCACGGCACCGAGGCCACGACAACAAUGACUGAUCUCAGUAAAGGUGCAUCCUCCACGCCGCCCAGUGAAUCAUCCAGCCCUGAAACCAUAAUUGGACAAGUGCUAGAGUCUGCCGACUCAGACUCAGAUGGGAUAUUUAUUGAUUUCCCACCUCACUCCUCAGAGGCAAUGGGGCUUAGCCGCGAGAGCAGGCAGAGCACUGUGUAACUGCGGUUGCCUUUAGAGACGAAAAAACCCACAGUGUGUACUAUAAUAUUUUGGGAGAAAAUGGGAAGAAGUCUUACAACUGUGUUUGAUUAAAAGGGUACCAUCUUCCUUUUCUAAACUGUGGUACAAUGAGUUUCUAUGACGAGUCCCCUCCAAGUGCUUUCACUGGCGGGUGAAAACCUUUUAAUCCUUAACGAGCUAAAAAAGAAAUCCCAAACUGGUACUGUUAUUAAAGACCUGUGGAUGUGUUGUUCUUAAAGGACAUUUUCUUAUUGUCAACAAAGUUCAUAAUUUACAAUGAGUUGAUCAAAGAAACGAAUAUUGCCUCUGAAAUAUCACAGAGCUCUAUUUUCGUCCAAAGACUUGUGCAAACAUAUCAGUGAGCCAUGCCGUCACGGUCCCUAUAUCUCCGACAGUGUCUCUGUAAAUACUUAACCAAGCAUCACGUGUGUAUUGAUCGGCAGCUGAAAACAGUCCCUAACAAACAGUAUAGUUUGCAAAAAGAACAAAAAUGAUUU